AUGACGUCCAAACCAAGCACCAGAUGGUCCCAGAAGGGGACACGCCCCGUGCGUGUGGCCAACUGCUCAGGCGCUCGAGGUGACCCCGGAUACCAGAUGCGGCGGCAGGCGACGUUGGGGGAUGUCGACUUCAUCACCGGCGAUUACCUCGCUGAAGUCAAUCUGGCGGACAAGGCCGAGCUUUUCGUCGCCGGGCAGGCCGACGGGUGCGAACCGACCGCGUACAACGGCAUUGCCGAGACGCUCGACGUCCUGGAAGAGAAGCGCAUCAAGGUCAUCGUCAACGGCGGCUCUCUCAACCCGGCAGGACUGGCGGCCAAAGUCCAGCGUCUGGUCACGGAGCGCGGCUACAAUCUCAAGGUAGCGUACGUCGCGGGCGACGACCUGCGAGAGGUGGUCAAGCAGGAACUGGAACAGAAGAAACGCCUCCCGAGUCACCUGGACGCGGAGAACAACAAGGUCUCGUUGGCCGAGAACGUCUAUUCCCUCAUGGACCCGUGUAAAGGCCGACUCGAAUCUGUAGUUGAUGAUUAUGAGCGCGGACCUGUCAAGGUAUUCAGUAUCGUCCCCAGUCUACUAGUGUCUAACAUUCCACCACUGGGGGCAGAAUAUCAAGGAGAUCCCCUCUUUUUGCUCAAGGGUGACAAGAGCAAGGAAUGGAUUGAGGAAGAUGAUCCUGACGGCAUCGAACUCGGGUUACACGGUACAGAAUUCACAGCGAGUCACGCCGAGAUCAGGGAAUCGUUUUAUAGGGAGCCUUGUUCAAAGACAUGA